AUGGGCGCGGCAGACGGCGCAGCUGGUAUCCCAUACUACGAAAAGCAGCGACAACAUCUCAAAGAGCUGCUGAACAAGAAGAAGCUUUUGGAAAAACGUCUGCUUGCGCAAGAAGAAUCCAUCUACCAAAAAGAAACCGAGUAUCUCGAAAACACGCCAGCGGGCAACAUCAUUACGGGCUUCGACAACUACACCAAAGGCACCGCCAACGUCGCAGCACAGCGCAGGAAGACGGGAUUGACAGACGCGAACCGUGUCUUCUCCAGGAGUUCGAUAUCGUAUAAUCCGGCGGCUCAACAAGAAUCACAAACACCCGCCUCUUCAGCCCCGGCUUCCCACGCGCCGACGCCGGUGUCUACAUCGUUCAAUAACAAGGACGGCGCAUCGAGUGCGCCCACGCCCACUUCGGCCACGGCCGGUAAGGCGAACUCCAAGAAGAAAAAAGCGGCGACGUCAGGUGGUGCGGGAGUUGAAGAUAGCGAGACGGAUUCGAGAGAGACGAAGAAGGCGAGGACGAACUUUGGGGCUGUUCGCAAGUAAAUCUGUUGUGGCCACGGGUGAGAAGAGUUUGAUCUGGGUUGAGGUUGGGUUUUUGUGUGCGAGGGUUUCUCGAUUCUGCAUAGGAGGCAGUAUUGGAUGGUACAUGGCGUUUUUGGAUUGCUUGGAUGGGUUGAAUGGAUUAAGCAGAGCGCGGCGUUUGGGGACGGGCAUUGAUAUCAAUUUUAUUCGCUAUUCGAAAUAAGCCAUCAAGACAACGAGUUUAUCA